AUGAACAUAAAAAAACUUAUCCUGUUUGUUAUAAUUGGCGUUACUGUCGCUUCUGGAGUAAAAGUGAGGGUUAAGAACAAAUGUUGGUGGCCUCUCAAAGUGCAUAUUGACAACGAUGACAAUGGUCGUUGGAUUGGUGCUGGAGGAGACAGUUGGGGAACCAACGGCCGAUCAGAUCGAACCUGGGCUGAACAACCUGGCAUCUGGGGUGAUUACACACUCGCUGAAAUUAACGACGAUAAUGGUCGCAUUUGGUACGAUAUCUCUCUUGUCGAUGGUUUCACAUAUCCAAUAGCUCUUGUUCCGGUUGGAGGUGGUGGAGGCAACCCUCUUUAA